CAAGCAGAGUAGAGCAGACGCCAACAGCCACACAAACACACUCCCCUCUCAGUUACAUGCACAGACACACACAUACCACACACACCACCACCAUCACCACCACCACCACCACACACAGUGACGGCUGCCAGGCUCAGUGGGAAGCAAGGCGUCAGGGAGAGAGCUUGAGAAGAAAGAGAGAGGGAUCGCAGAGGGGAAGAGAAGAAAAGAGAAGAGAGUUGGAGGGGGCACCUUGUGGAUCAGAAGGGAUUUUCCUCUGUGAGUGCACGUCUGGAUAAGGCUAUCUGCUUCUUCUUCCUCAGCGAGAGGAGUUUUUACUGAGGCUUUUUCUUUGCUGUUCAUCCUCCACGCCGGGCUCCAGCGAUAUCUACCUAUCUAUCCCCGGAGCUUAACAAAAGAGGGAGGGAGUGAGAGAGAGAGUGAGGUAACAAAAAAAAAAAGGCAGUCACAGCUUCAGCUCCAGACCACCCUCUCUACUCCUCCUCCUCCUCCUCCUCCUCUUCCUCCUCCUCCUCCUCCUCCUCUCCUCUCCCCAGCUCCACAUCCAUGUGUGAGUUCAUCGCUGAUUUCACUGUCUUUUGAGGAUAGAGCAGAGGACAGCGUGUGUUCUCCAGGAUACAGCCGAGCUCCCCGUGGGAUCAGAGUCUCGUCUGGUGUAAGAGAGAGGGGGAGGAAGACCGAGACAGGGAAACGGAUACACAGGAAAAGAGAAAAGAGACAAGAGAGAGAGAGAGAGACGCUGGAAAGCAAAUUGAGGGGCAUGCUCAGGGCAGCAGAGAAGAAGAGUGAAUCUAAUUUUUAGUGCGGAGACAGUGCAAAGAACCGGCAACUGGAUCCCAACCAUUCAUCCUUCCUCCUCUUCAUCAUCCUCUUCUUCCCUCUUCUUUUACCCUCUCUCAGUCAAUUCCCUCUAUUGUUUCCUGUACUGCCUCCUGCUAUCCUCUCAUAUCUUCCCUUUCCACCUCCUCCUUCUCCCAGGAAUCUUUCCUUCCAGACCUUACGGGAAGAAUGUGUUUGCGAGGUUCCCUGUGAGCUCCGAGACAAGUGGACAGACUGAAAUCCCAAGUACUCUCCGUCCUCCUCUCCAUCCCUUCUUCCGUGCAUUCAUCACCUUCACCAGCGACGGGAGAGUGUUCUCUCUGCAUCCUCCACUCUUGGAAGCAGCCGUCUGAAGGAUCCAGGCCAGCCCCUCGGAGUGAUCGUAACCCCACCUGUGAGCUUCUAUCUCCAGCCUCCAGGACCUUCAAUUGGAUUCCAGCUACAUGGGAAAACGUUUGGAGCAGCAGCCAAUGUACCCCCACUACACAUACUACUACCCCCACUAUCUCCAGACUAAGCAGCAGUCUUAUGCUCCUCCCCCUCCGCCUAUGGCCCCGCCCAGCCCUGGCACCACAGGAGGAGGAGGAGGUGGAGGUGGAGGUGGAGGUCAGGGAGGAGGGCUAGUGGAGCAACUUAGUAAGACCAACCUGUACAUCCGAGGCCUGCCACCUGCCACCACCGACCAAGACCUCAUCAAACUAUGCCAGCCAUAUGGAAAAAUUGUGUCAACAAAGGCCAUCUUGGACAAAAACACCAAUCAGUGCAAAGGCUAUGGCUUUGUGGACUUUGACAGCCCUGCAGCAGCCCAGAAGGCCGUGGCCUCGCUCAAAGCCAGUGGAGUCCAGGCACAGAUGGCGAAGGUCUGCUCCGGACCUGGACCGGCCACGGGUUCCACCCACCGUGGAAACAGACACACACGGACUGGAACAGAUACGAAUGGAGAGACGGAGCGACAGCAACAGGAGCAGGACCCCACCAACCUGUACAUAUCCAACCUGCCGGUGUCGAUGGAUGAGCAGGAGCUGGAGAACAUGCUGAAGCCGUUCGGUCACGUCAUUUCCACACGGAUACUGAGGGAUGCCAACGGCCUGAGCAGAGGAGUAGGCUUUGCCAGGAUGGAGUCAACAGAGAAGUGUGAUGUGGUGAUUCAAAAUUUCAAUGGCAAAUUUUUGAAAACCCCUCCAGGCAUGACGGCCCCUGCAGAGCCUUUACUGUGCAAGUUUGCUGACGGAGGCCAGAAGAAGAGGCAGACGCAGGUCAAAUAUCCCCAGAAUGGCCGACCGUGGACACGGGAAGGAGAGAGCGGUAUGGCGUUGACGUAUGAUCCGACAGCGAUGCAGAAUGGGUUCUACUCUUCGCCGUACAGCAUCUCCACCAACCGGAUGAUUGCUCAGACGUCAAUCACACCCUUCAUUGCUGCCUCUCCUGUCUCCACAUAUCAGGUCCAGAGUACAUCUUGGAUGCCACAUCAACAGUAUGUUAUGCAACCUACAGGUGCUGUGAUCACCCCAGCUGCCGCCAUCGAGCCCAGUUUGUCCCUUCACCCCUCCAGUGUAAUGGCUCCUCUCACCCAGCAGAUGAACCACCUGUCUCUGGGCCCCACUGGCGCCUACAUGCCUGCUGCAGCGACUGCUCCUAUGCAAGGAACCUACAUUCCCCAGUACACUGCAGUGCCUGCCUCUGCCAUCACAGUGGACGGCGUGGUGACAGACCCUUCUCCACAGACAGCUGCCCCCUCCUCACAGGACGCCAGCGGGCAGCAGCCUUUAUCAGUGGAGAACACAGGAGAUCAUGCCACAGCCUACUCUUACCAGCAGACUAAAUAAGAAGAUUGGUAGGAAUCAUCGCUGCAUUGCCUUCAGAAGGACUGCACUGAGGCGCUGGAGACACAGAGAGAAUCAAAACGAAACAGGACUAAAAAUCAGAGGUGACAUGGACAACAUUGAGGGGAGAAUGCUUCCACUGUGCACAGGCACCAAAUAAAAGACAAAAUGAAGAAAAAAUUCAAUUAUCUUUCUUACCUGUUUGAACCAAGAAAAAGACAGAAGACUAAACAAAUGACGGUUUGCUGAACUAGAGGACAAUGAAAUCAAUCGCAGUCUGCAACUUUGACUUUAUCAUUUUUCACCUUGAGACUGAACUUUGCCUCCAAAGGAAAAAGAGAAGACAUAGACUGAAAUCUAAACUCAACCAAUAAGCUGUACAGAAAAAAAGAACAUUUGAAUGUGCAGGUAGAUUUUCAGACUUUUUUAUUAAAAAAAAUAAAUUAAAAAAAAAAAAGAAGGAAGCAAAGUCUACUAAAAAGACAGGCUGUCUUCCUUUGAUAUUAAGCUACAUUAUUUUCAUUCUUUUUAUUAUUUGAGUAGUUUUCUAGGAUAUCAAUGUUUUCGUAAAUCUUUAUUGCCUUAAUUUUCUCAAAGUUUGGGAAAAGUUUCCAUAGUGUUGAAUUGUUUAAAAAAAACUGAGUGAUUGAAUGAUAUGAGAGGUUUCUGAGAGCCUCAGAGAUUAAAUCUAAAAAGCUAUCUGUACAGGAUAAAAAAAAUAAGGUUGUAUUUGUAUGAAGAUGACUUUAAAUUAUGUGGUGCAGUGCAGCUGAUGUUGGUUGGUUAGAAAAAAAAUCCUUAAUGCGACUUGUGGAAGGGUCAAGCCACUGCUUCCUGGAAAAUGCAGUUUAGUUUAAUCAUAGGAUAAAACGUUCUGUCUCUCCACCUCAUUUGUACUUUUUAGUUGUCUGCUUUUUGAUUGAUUUUUAAAAGGUCUUUGCUUUGCCUGCUUUGCUUGUCUCACUGCAAAAAGAAAAGAAAAAUAAAAACUUUUCUGACUUUGACAAAAAAAAGCAGAAAAAAAACGCUAGGAUUUUUAAAUGUGCAGAAAGCAAUAGUUUUAGUAAAACUGUUGACAGUUUCUCGAGUCUUUCUUAACUGUUGAACAAACGCAGCCUACAGGUGGCAUAUUUUAUACCAAAGAUGAAGAAACUAGGUGGUGAAGAGAUCUUCCUUGUGUUGCUUUUUCUUUAUUUUUUCACUAAAACUUUUUUCUUGCUCGUCAUGCUGUCGCUGUGUGAGAUGAGAACAUGCAGUAGGUCUUUUAACACAAUUGCCUCAAGAUGUUUUGUUUGUCAUGUGAUGCUGAUCUAAAGCAGCUCUGUUACAUCUGCUGAGAGAUCUUGAACCCUGUGGAACAUCGGUGUGUACCUUUUAAACUUACACCCGACUACAUCCUCCUCAGGCUGCGCUGACCGAACUUCCAUCCUAAAUGCCAAAACUGGGACGCGAAAUCUCAUGAUCACUGCUUCCCAAAAUGCUCUAGAUUUGUUCGUUGCGUUUCGAAAUGCAUAGUCCAUGAAGCUAACUGUUUCAUGUCGCCAUCUUGCCAAACACAAGCCACUGAGCAGGUCAAUGAUCUCUGUGAGAGGAAAGGGCAUUUGUGUAGAACAAAAUCAUUUCAGCUUACGUAUAUUCUACUAAAAAGAUAAGGAGAUUUUGUUUUUGUUUUGUUUUUUUGCUGCCUUUUUUUUUUGUCUUUUUUGAGAACUGAUUAUGAUGUGAGAGCUGCUAAACACUUUUCAGUAUUGGGGAUUGAGGUUGUCUUGUGUUGGGUGUCCAGAAGGGCACUAAGUGACCAUUUUAAGUCAGGGUGAAGAUAAAAAUAAAUAGGAACCUGCAUUAUGAGCUGAGAGCAAAAUGCAAAAAACAAAAGGAAAUGCUGACACUGGUUCUGAGGUCACACCCUCCCACCUGACCCUCCACCAAUGAAAGGAAGCUAAUGGAGACAGACGGACAGAAAAAAAAAAAACGCGUGGUUCAACCAAAAUCAAGCAGAUACAAACCUCUAGUGGAAAAUAAAUUAUUGAAAUGAGAGCGAGAGAGAAAGAGAGUAGAGAAAAGCGAGAACAAAAGUAAUAUUUAUGAGAUCUUUUUUUUUGUACAGGUGUGUAAAAGAAGAUGCAACAGAAUAACUUUGAUGAUGCUAUUUUUUUAUUUGCUUGGUCACAUGCCUCCCAUGUCUUUCAAAUUGUGAUUUUGAGAGUGUCUGUAGAACCAGUGGAUAUUGCUGUAGUUUCAAAUGUACCUUUUUUGGGUUUUUUUUGUUUGUUUAUUUGUUUUUUGUUUUCUUUUUAGACAAAACUUUCAAUAAAAAAAAAUAUUUCAAACAGUCAA